AAACAAUAAUUAGCAAUCGCUUUCUUUAGUCUGUCAAAUUCUCUCCAAACUUUUAUGGUAUUUAGCGAAGCUGGAGAAGAAAAUAGGAACAGAAGUAGUACUCAAUAAGGCAGAAUAUUAAAAGGAAGUGUCUUGAAUGUUGCAGGUCCACAAAAUUAAAUGAAAAGUGAGUUAAGUCAUCUUGCCAGCAAGACCAACCAUAGCUGGCAAUUGAUUUUAAAUAUUGACUGCAAGUCAAAAGUUGAGAAAAAAAGAAUCAAGACAAAACAUUUCAGUGUUCACUUGGGUGUUGGCCAUAAUCACAAUUCCCAUUCCCAAGUAGUGGCAUAACGAACGUUAUGUGUAGGGGUGACAAAAUUUUGUUCGGUUCGGAUGAUCGAAUUUAUUCGAGUCAGAUUAAAUCAAGUUUAGACAUAAGUUAUAUGUUUGAAAUUCUGGUCUAAACACAGAAAUCUUGUUCAAUUUAUUUGUCCGGAUCCUAACCCUGAUUAAUUUAUUAUCCAACAUACUUGUACGGAUUUAAACUAAUCCGAGUUUGGUCAAUUAAAUACGUUUGAAAUACAAUCUGAAUUAAGAUCCGGACAUGUAAAUGUUUUAUAAACACAUGUUGUUGUCCAACUCGGAAUCAUUUUUCUAUCACCCUAGUUAUGUGGUUACAUGGACUAAUCAAUCCAGGUUUUUUUUUGAGAGGAUGAGAGAAGUGAAGUCCAAGGCAGUAACGUAUAGUCAAAAACAAAAUGCUGCAAACAAUUUACUCCUUCCCCCUCUUAUCUCUCUGUCCAGUAAAAUUUUCCCGCAUUUUAAGAGAGCUCCUGACGUUAUUUUAGUGAGGGGGGUCCUUUAAUAAGACAUAAAAAGACCUGAAAGACCGAGCUUUGCUCCUUGAAGGCUUGAACAACCAAAGCAAGAACCCACAUUUUUGUCACAUUGUGAUUUGUGAACCCUCUCAACCCACGACCCAAUUUUUAUUUUCUUUUUCAUUUCAAAUCCCUCUCACGCUCUUCGUAUAGUUGGCUUUUGACAUCAUCUCUUCUUUCAUGGCUCCCCACCUUAUUUACUCUCAUUCUUGAAUCUGCCAAACACAUUAUAGCUUCUUAAAUUCUUUAGCUUUAAUAGAUUUUCUUUUUGUUAGUGUACAAUCGCUUUUGGGUAUUAAAGAGAGGCCUUUCUUCUGCCUUUUUGCAUGUUUUGCGAUUCAUUGGGAGUUAAUAGCACUAUGGAGUAUAUAUCCUGGGAAGUAUGUUUGCAGGAGAUGGAGUCUGAAUUGCUUCUCUGUUGAGCCCUCUACCUGUUUGUAUAAUUGCCACCACUCUGUAAAGCAGGCAAAGGAACAAUCUGUGCACGUUUGUUUUGCAUUUCCUUAUCUCUGUGUCAUUCUUAAUAAAAAGGCCUCUAGCAUUGGGUUUGGUUGGAAUGCCUGCCAUGGGAACCAAAAUCAAAGGCAUCUGCAAAGGAUUCAAGUUCAUCUCGCAAAUAUUUGUUGUGAAGGACCGAGAGAUGGAAAUUGGGUACCCUACAGAUGUUAAGCAUGUGGCUCACAUUGGCUGGGAUGACCCUUCUGGUAGUGCUCCCAGUUGGAUGAAUGACUUUAAAUCAGCACCUGAUUUUUCAACAUCGAUUGGUAAUCAAAAAGAAUCCAAUCCUGCAGCUAUUUCAUCUUGGUCAUCUCAAGAUUUUGAUCAAGCUGGGAGACGCCAGUCUUACAUGUUUCAAGAUAUUCCAACCACAGACAUACCUAACGUUCCAAAGAAACAGAAGAGGACAAAGAAAUCUACCUCCUCGCCAAAAUCAUCUUCUUCAUCUUCAAGAUCGUCACGAGUACCAAAAUCUAAGUCUACACUCCAUGAAUUGGAGCCAACACGAAAUCUACACGUGUAACAUGGUGUUUUAUUGAAAAGAUGUGAAGAAUAACUCAAACAUGUCGAUAUGCAUUGCAGAGAUUGCAACAAUAUCCUUUUCUUGAAGAAACUUGUGUAUAUUAGCUAUUGAGGGAUAUUGCAUUUACAGAUGGAGGAAGGGGAAAUUGAUUCAAGGCUAUAUGUGUGAGAUUGAAAAAGCAUGAUGCCUUUUGGGGUUCACACUAAGGCAGACGCAAAGUUUUGAUUUCAUAGUUGCAGAAAAAUGUGCAGAGAUGUGGAUUGUUAAGCCGUGCUGGAGGAAAAUUCUAUUUAUUCAAAUGGUUGGACAUGAACUAGAAUUCUAGUAGAUUCUCUUUGGUUUCCUUUUUGACUAGGAAUUGUUGUAGGGAUGCUCAUUAACUAGUCACUGACAAUUGUUGAUUAAGAACUUUUCAUGAAUUGUUUUUCUUGUUCAUAAUUUAUUCUGAAUGCUAUAAAGUUCUGUUCAUUGUACUUUGUUGUCUCAAA